AUGAGCCGGCCCAGCCGGCUGCAGAGGCAGAUUCUGACCCUGUAUCGCGAGCUGCUGCGCGCCGGGCGCGGGAAGCCGGGCGCCGAAGCGCGGGUGCGGACAGAGUUCCGGCAGCACGCCGGUCUGCCGCGUUCCGACGUGUUGCGCAUCGAGUACCUGUACCGCCGCGGGCGGCGACAGCUGCAGCUGCUGCGUUCCGGCCACGCCACGUCCAUGGGCGCCUUCGUACGCCCGCGGGGCCCGACCGAGGAGCCCGGCAGCGCGGGGGUGCCGGGCGUCGCGCCCGACGAUGGUGACGGUGCGAGGAAUCCUCACGGCGGAACGGAGACACGGGAUAACCGGCCCGACGGACGGUGACAGAAGAGCUCGCUCCAUGGCGCAGGCGAGCCAACAGGCCCACCCGAAUGCGUGGGGGGAACCACGGAACCCACCUCCUGGAAGGUCAGGUCUUGGAUAGGGGAAUCAGGGAGUCCUCCUGGCGACGUGCGAGACCUAGAGAGCCCCGUGAUGGAUUGCGAGAGAUGCCCGACCUUUCCCGAUGUUUGUUGACAGGGCGUCCCCUUUCCCCCACGAGCGCUGGAACACGGCGGGCUGGACAGUGUCGAGCUGAGAGCUACUUACCCCAAGGCAUGGGGAGCCAGGACACCCCCCUAAUGGAGAGUCUGAGACACCCUUUUCUAGACUCCUGAGUCCUCGAGACUUCCCUCUCCUGUAUUCACUCUGCGAAGAGCAGAUUUUUGCCAGGAAGGUUUUGGGAAGAUGCCCUGAUGAACAGUAAUAAGCCUGGAGUCCUCUUUGGAAAAUCUUCACCUCAUUCAUUGUGACAAACCAGGCCCAGAAGCAAGGGGCUAGGGGGUCUCUCGACCCCACUGUUCAACUAAAUACCUCUCAGGGCCCCUACUUGGUGGUUCUGAGGGGCACCCCCGACUAGCAUCCCUUUGCCUGUCAGACUGUUGGACAAAGGGAAUAAAAUUAGGUGUGUGUUUUCUUCCCCGUUA